AAAUGGUGGUGAUUUUCGCAAGCUUCUGUCCAUUUUUUUCUGAGACCUCGCGAUGCAAUCAAAAAUGAUUAAAUGGGAAAUUGCGUAAAGAAAAAUCACCCUAAAAUAAAUGUCUAAAGCCCCCCUGGAUGGGAAAUUCAAUUAAAACGUGACGAAUGAACUGAAAAAUUGAGAAAUAGUUUGAGAAAAGCUCAAAAGGAAUCAAAACAAGUUUGAACUUAAAACUCCAUGGAAAAAUUUUUUGACCUAAAAGACCGAGUUUAGUGUGUGAAAAAUGUAAAUUUUCACGAUAUUUUCAUUAAAGUGUACGUGAAUGUGCUACGGAAAAUGGAAACUCAUGGUGUUCCUGAAAUCUGGUAGAUAGUACCCGAGUUCCGUAGCAUCUAUAGUGCUUAUCACCGCCAAAAUAUCCUUGGAAACUCUCACCGGAAGAAUUGGUGGAGAUGGAUAGAGAACGCGAGGGAAGGCAUCACCGGAAAAAGUCAAAGAAGAGCGGGAAGAAAUCAAAGAAGCGUCGGCGUGAUGAGACGCCGGAAGAUAAGAAUGGGAACAGCCCAAAUGCGUCGCAGGCGAAUGUUUCGCGCAUCGUUGAGUAUUCAGAUGUGAGUUCUGAGGAUUUCUCCGCCCCAGAAGCGGGUGAAAUUCAAUCAGAUGAAUCCGAUGGGGGUGGUGGGGGUGGCUAUGGGUUCUCACAGUCCCACCCUGUGGGAUCCAAGCGUCCGGAACACGAAGUUCGCAGCACCUUUGUGUCCUCAUCCCCGUACAAGCUGGGAGUGGUGAUAAAACCCGCCCUGAGUCACCUGCCGGAGACAACACGACGCGUCAUUAUUGGAUCCCCAAUUGGGUCAUCGUCCACAUCAUCACUGUCGCGUCCAUCAAAGCGCUCACCCGACAGCUAUGGGCAUACAAGCAAAAUUCAGCAGGUUGUCUCCUCACCCACACUUGCGGCGGAAUUUGAGGAUGAAGAACGUCCGCGGAAGCGCUCGAAGAAGGAGAAGAAGCACAAGAAGAAUAAGAAGGCGAAGAAGAGGAAAAAGCGCAUUCGGCAUAAAUCUAUGAGUAGCGUUGAGAGUAUCUCGGAGAAUGAUUCAGUGUUGGAUGUGGAUAGUCUCACGCCACCGCUGAAGCAGGAUGGCGAGGAGGAGGAAGAGCAGCACGUGCGGCAGCCGCAUACGCCACCACUUGUACGCGAAGCGAGCCCCAUUUCCCCCACGACGCCCCCAUUGCGCCCUGAAUCACCCCAAAGUGGCGGCGGCUACUCUGAACGGCAUCCCGAGAGUCUCCGGAAGCGCAAUGAUGCCCCCAUUGCGUCCCCCCAUACGCCACCACUACAGGCGCGAAAGUACCACAGCCCCGAGGGUGAGGUACUCCCAUCGAAUCAUCUGCACCACCACACGCACCGGAAGUCAAACAGCCAUGAGGAUAUUCGAUCUCCAAAUGAUCACCAUCAUCACGGGCAUUCAAUGUAUUCAUCACCAUCGUCAAAGAGAUCCCGUCUCUCCGUGGCAGGGCACCGGGAGAGAUCUCACGAUCGUAGUGAUGCGCGCAACAGGACGAGAUCAUCUUCAUCGGCCCGGAAGGAGAGAGAUUGGGGGGACAGAAGGAGAGAUUCACGUAGACGAACCCCCCGACGUUCCCCCAGGCGAUCGCCCCGUCGUACCCCACGACGAUCCCCACGUAGAUCCCCUCUAGGUGGGGGUGGUAGCCUAUCCCCAUCGCAUCGCCACAGAUCCACGUCGAGGAUACGAAAACGCCCCUACAGCCCCCCGGGAUCACCCCCAAUGAGGUCACGGCACUCAAAGAGUCGCAGUCCACGCACUUUCCGUGCUGCAUCACCACGAAGGGCCCCCCGGACUCCGCCACGGGAGAGUCGCUCAAAGACACCACCAGUGUCAGUGAGGAAGAUUGACAUAAAGGACAAGAUAAGCGAUACGAGCCUCUUUGCGGAACUCGUCAAGGACAAGCAUAAGCGCGAGAAGGAACUCCAGAAGAUUCUGGGGAAGAAAGAUGAUGAUGGCGCAGGAACAAGUGGGGAUUCUCAGGCAGCAGAAAUCACGUCAAAUGGGGUCAGAGACAACAAUCAACACGUGAAUAUGGAUAUUGUGGACAUUCCAAUUCCAAAUGUAUCAUCUACAAAUGCAUCAAUGAUGACUGAUUCGGUGGAUCAUCAUCAUGCCACGAGAACUGAUGCGCUUCCAAUUGAUGGGCACAAGCAGCAGCAGCAGCAUCCUGUGGCCGAUGGGGGUGUAGCAAUGCGGGGUUCUGUGAAUAAUAAGUCACAGCUUCAUGCGGCGAAUAGUGAAGCAAAAGGGAAACAAAUGUAUACGCCGAAUUUUGCCAAAUCCAAGAGUCUCACAAAGUUGCCAAUGCCCCCGGGGAUGAACAUGUCCGAGUUGAUUGAUACAAAGACACCGAGUCCACCGAGAAAUAUUACACCACCGCCACUUCCGCCAUUCCCGCCCAAAGGAUCGUCGACAAAGGCGACAAAACCCGCAGGAGGUGGGGGCAAGAAGGGUGGUGUGUUGACACUACCAAUGCCCCCAAUUGUUGGUGGUGUGGAUGAUCUCAGUGGUGAUGAUGAUCAGACACCACCGCGCAAUCGGCAGGGACGUUUAGACGGUGACAGGAAGGGUUUGGCACGUCGGAAGCGCCCCAAAAUACUCAAUCGUCGUGCAUCACGUACAAAUCUCACAAAUCGCGACUGGGGCGAAAGGAGUGUUGAUGUCUUUGAAGUUAUUGCACAAAUUGGUGAAGGGACUUAUGGGCAGGUGUACAAGGCACGUGAUAAUCAUACAAAUGAGAUGGUUGCCUUGAAGAAAGUGCGCUUGGAGAAUGAAAAGGAGGGUUUCCCCAUAACGGCGGUGCGUGAAAUAAAAAUUCUUCGACAGCUAAAUCACAAGAAUAUUGUAAAUUUGCGCGAAGUUGUGACAGAUAAGCAGGAUGCCUUAGAAUUUAGGAAGGAUAAGGGAUCAUUUUAUUUAGUAUUUGAAUAUAUGGAUCACGAUUUGAUGGGGCUCCUCGAAUCGGGAAUGGUUGAAUUCACCGAAGAGAAUAAUGCGAGUAUUAUGCGACAAUUGCUUGAUGGUUUGAACUAUUGUCACAAGAAGAAUUUCCUUCAUCGUGACAUUAAAUGUUCCAAUAUUCUCAUGAAUAAUAAGGGUGAAGUAAAAUUGGCCGAUUUUGGCUUGGCACGACUUUACAAUGCGGAAGAUCGACAACGUCCGUACACGAAUAAGGUGAUUACGUUGUGGUAUCGUCCACCGGAAUUACUUCUCGGUGAAGAGAGGUACGGCCCGUCGAUUGAUGUGUGGAGUUGUGGGUGUAUCCUUGGGGAAUUAUUCCUCAAGAAGCCGCUCUUUCAAGCAAAUGUCGAAGCAGUCCAAUUGGACCUCAUAUCACGCCUCUGUGGCACCCCAACACCAGCUGUUUGGCCAACAAUUAUCAAUCUACCCCUAUUUCAUACGCUCAAACCAAAGAAGCAACACCGAAGGCGUCUCCGUGAGGAAUUUAUCUUUAUGCCCGGUACAGCAUUGGAUUUACUCGAUCGAAUGCUCGAGCUGGAUCCGGAUAAGAGGAUAACAGCUGAGGAUGCACUCAAAUCAAAUUGGCUGAAGAAUUGCAAUCCCGAACAAAUGCCAAUACCACAGCUGCCCACCUGGCAGGAUUGUCAUGAGUUGUGGAGCAAAAAACGGAGGAAACAACUGAGGGAACAACAAUAAAGUCCUCACACGUCUCUCCCAUCACAAAAUUUUUCGUGAAUUCUACGAAAUUUCAAAAAACCAAUGCAAUGAAAGUGAUGGUGGUGCAAAAGAAAAGAAAAAGAAAAAUCUAUAAGAAAAGAAUUUUUCUAUGUUGUGAAGGGAAAAACAUUUUUAGUGGAAAGGACAAAAGAAUAAAAAAAAUUUACUAAUUUAUUUUCUUUCAAAAUGAAGCAAAGAAAAAAGACAAUUUCAUCGGGAAGGGGUACAAGAGGGGAAAAAAAAACUUUGCAUGAAUGGGUUAAGUUUGUGUGUUGGUGUGUUUGUGCAACAGUGCGCGAGUGAUAAUAGGCGAAAAGAAAUAGUGAAAAUAAAUAAUUAAAAAAAAAAAACAAGAAGAAAAUUAAGGAAAGAGAGGAGGAAGAACGUAGAAAAAGGGGUUAAAGAGAAGAACAACAACAAAUUCAGGAGGACGCGAGUGUAGUGAUAGUGUUAAGUAAAUGAAGGAAUAAAUAAAUAAUAAAAAAGGGAGAAUAGAGUAAAUGAGUAAAGAAAAAAAAUUAGUAUAUAAAACAUGUAAAUUCUGGGCCUUUUUGUUAUAUAUCCAAAUAUAUAUAAGUGAAAUGGACAAUGAGAGAACAAAUUAUAUAGAGGAAUACAUAAAAGUGUGUGAAAGAGAGAGAGAGAAAAAAAUAAAAGGUGUACAUUAAUUGGUAAAUAAUUCAGUUUUUUUUUAAAUAGGAAUAUUUUACAAUUUUCUGCAUUAAUGUUAAAUUUUUUUUUUAAUUAUAUCACACGAACAUAAUUUAGGAUACGUAGUUAUCUUCUCUAAAUAUCCUCAAAGAAAAUUAAAUUGGGGGAAAUUUCAGCUCUGUGAAUGUUUUUUUUUGGGCACAUUUUUUGUAUUGAUUUAUAAAUCAUUUUUCAAGCAACUUUCAGUGAAAAAGGUCAAUGAACCCUUGCAAGGGGAGAUGCCUUUCAUGAUGUGAAGAAACGUUUAGUACCUAUAGAUUUUUUCCUUCAGAAUAAUUUUUGAUUAAAUAGAAAAGGAAACUUUUGGCAAUAUAUUAGUUUGAGACACUUACAAGAAGUAUUUGAAAAAAAUAAAUAUAUUAUUUUAAAAUUACUUCAAAUUACAAAAAAAAAAUAAUAUUUGACGGUUUUUAUUUUAUUUUUAAAGAAAUUAUUCUGAAAAAAAAAGAACUAAAACAGUUUGAAAAUAUCUCAGAAAGAGGGGUCCUAUGCAGAAAAAAAUAAAUAAAUUUUCGCCAAUUUAAUAAUAAUAGCAUAACCCUUUGACGACUACAAAUUCUUACUUACUUAGGCAAACCGAAUGUGACGAUUUUGUAUUGUUCUUCCUAUUUUAGGUAUAAUUUGUCCUGAAAUUUCAAGAUUUCAAAGAUUUCUUGGUCGUUGAAUGCAAUUCAAUAUUUUGUUCUUUUUAGAAUCCCUAAUUCUCGAAAAGGGGUUAAGAAGACUACUAACCUUCCGGUCCUAUUUACUUACCGACUAAUAAAAAAAAAGAAAUUCCUUUAACAGUAAACAAUUAAAAUAUUGAAGUAGUAAAAAGUCGUUAAAGGGUCUCCCAUUUUUCAACACAAAAAUGCUAUUUUCUUUUUUUUUUUAAUUGCGUAUCAGUGAUAAAUUUUCUUUAAAGUGGUUUGGAAAAUUAUUAAAAACUAACUUUGGCAAAAGACAGAUUUAAGAGUCUGCGAAGACACAAAAAAACACUCAAAAUUAAAGCGAAGAGGGAUUUAAAAAAAA